UUCAGCACCCUGAAAUCUUUAGCCUGAAAUUCGCGCUUCUUGCUGGUUUGGCAAACUCGCUGGCUCCCACUUUACAUCGGACAAAAGUAACAAGUUAAAAGAAAAACAAUACUUUAACUGUAAAAAGUAGCGAAGAUGAAAUUAUCUGUAAUUCGCAACGCUUGUGGCAACGUCGCUCUUCGGAUGCAACAUGCCCGACACGGAAGCCGGGUCAGUGGGUUACCGCGGAGAUGCCAGCCGGCAAGCGCGGCUCCCAUUCGGGUAAUGGUGCGGGAGACGAGCGCUACGGCUAACCGGGGAACCAACGCCGAACUAGCCGAUUACUUCGGGAAACAGUCGCGGAAACAAGACUGUGCUGACUUCGACCGCACUUUGAGGGAUGUGGUUAACAGCACUAAAGAGGCAAUGGUGGCCCUGCAGAGAAGAAAUCCUGCAGUCCAGCCGUUGCUUGCCAUUAUACAGGUGGGUGAAGACGACAGCCUGUUGGAAAUCAAUAAGAAAAUAGCAGGAAAGUUGGGCUUAAACGUCACACAGAUAUGUCUAGCCAAGGAUCCCAGCGAAGAUGAAAUUGUGGAAGAGGUGUUGAAGCUGAACGAGGACCCCAGGGUGCACGGCAUCUUCCUCCAUCUCCCACCUUCUUCGCUUUCCAGCCGAUUGCUUGACACGCUCAAACCCGAGAAGGAUAUAGAUGGGAUAACAUAUUUAAACAUGAGUCGUCUGGUACAAGGUAAACUCAACGGUGGCUUUGUGCCGCCUGUCGCAAGCGCUGUAAUGGAUCUGUUGCAAAAACAUGACUCUCCUAUAGAAGGAAGAACCGUAUUAAUGAUCGGUGCUGAAGGACCCCUUGGUGUGGCCUUGCAGUGCCAACUGGAAAGAAGUGGAAUGGCCGCUCUCAGAAGUCAUUCCAAUUUCAAGAACCUGCAGAGACAGGUGAUGGAGGCUGAUGCCGUUGUCCUACUUGGUGAAGAGGAUCUUGACAUUCCCUCUACCUGGAUCAGGCCAGGGGCUGCAGUGAUCCGCUGGCAUCCCAACAUAGACACAGAUGAUUCUGGGGUGUCCUCAAAGUCCGACUUGGCGUAUCUCACUGCAGCGUACAGAAUACAGAAUGUGGUGCACAGCAGCAGUCAGAAGCUCCAGGAGCAGCAGUAUCGACCCUGGCGACUUCGCAGCCUCAAACUCCAGCCUCUGACACCUGUACCAAGUGACAUCGAGAUUUCUCGAGCUCAGACACCCAAAGCGGUGGAGCUGCUGGCGGAGGAGAUUGGUCUGUUGCCAGAAGAGCUUGAAGCUUACGGCAGGAGCAAAGCAAAGGUUCGCCUAUCCUUGUUAGACCGCCUUCAAGCACAGCCUGACGGCAAAUAUGUCCUGGUGGCAGGUAUAACUCCGACCCCGCUUGGCGAAGGGAAGAGCACCGUGACCAUCGGCUUAGUCCAGGCCCUGUCUGCUCACCUAAAGCUCAACUCUUUCGCAUGUUUACGACAACCGUCUCAGGGACCCACCUUUGGGGUUAAAGGGGGAGCUGCAGGAGGUGGCUAUGCCCAGGUCAUCCCAAUGGAGGAGUUCAACCUCCAUCUGACGGGGGACAUUCAUGCAAUCACUGCAGCCAACAACUUGGUGGCGGCCGCCAUCGACGCCAGAAUGCUUCACGAGGCGACCCAAUCAGACAAGGCUCUGUACAGCAGACUGGUCCCUUCAGUCAACGGAGUAAGACGAUUUUCACCCAUCCAGAUUGCAAGAUUGCGUCGUCUCGGCAUCAACAAAAGCGACCCUGACCUUCUGACGCCGCAAGAAGUCAGUUCUUUUGUCCGUCUUGACAUCGACCCUUCCAAGAUAACCUGGCAGAGAGUGGUUGAUACAAACGACCGCUUUUUGAGGAAGAUCACCGUCGGACAGGCCAGCACUGAAAAAGGACAAAUUAGAGAGACAGGCUUCGACAUUGCGGUGGCUAGCGAGAUCAUGGCCAUUUUGGCUCUAGCAGACAGCCUGGAGGACAUGAAACAAAGACUGGCGCGCAUGGUGGUGGGGACCAGCCGCUCCGGACAGCCCGUCACCGCAGAGGACCUGGGUGUGAGCGGAGCACUAGCCGUGCUAAUGAAGGAUGCCAUCAAGCCCACACUGAUGCAAACCCUAGAGGGUUCACCAGUGUUUGUCCACGCCGGGCCCUUUGCCAACAUCGCCCAUGGCAACUCUUCGGUCCUCGCAGACAAGCUGGCUUUGAAGUUGGUCGGACGGGACGGCUUUGUUGUGACCGAAGCCGGCUUUGGCGCAGACAUCGGCAUGGAGAAGUUCUUCAACAUCAAAUGUCGGACAUCCGGCUUGAGGCCCAACGUGGUGGUUUUGGUCGCGACCGUUCGGGCUCUGAAGAUGCACGGCGGAGGCCCCAAUGUAUCAGCUGGCGCGCCACUUCCAAGAGAAUACAUCGAUGAGAAUCUCUCCCUCGUCGAAGGUGGCUGCCUUAGCAAUCUGAAAAAGCAGAUAGAGAUAGCUCAUCUGUUUGGGGUUCCGGUUGUAGUGGCGCUUAAUGUCUUCAAGACAGACACCCAGGCAGAGAUAGACCUCGUGUGUCAGCUAGCCAAAGAGUGCGGGGCGUCCGACGCAGUGCCAUGUCACCAUUGGGCGCAGGGCGGGCGAGGAUCUGUGGACCUUGCCCUGGCUGUGAAAAAUGCAUCAAGCAAACCCAGCAACUUCCAGUUCCUCUAUGAUAUUGAGAUGCCAAUAGCUGAGAAAAUUAGAAGCAUAGCCCAAAGGGUGUAUGGCGCCGAUGACAUCGAGCUGUCCUCUGAGGCCAUUGACAAAAUAAAUUACUAUGAUCAACAGGGCUUUGGUUCUUUACCAAUCUGCAUGGCCAAGACCCACCUGUCCUUGUCCCACAUGCCGGCAAAAAAAGGUGCACCUACCGGAUUCAUUUUACCGAUAAGAGAUGUUCGCGCCAGUAUCGGGGCUGGCUUCAUCUAUCCCCUCGUGGGAACGAUGAGCACCAUGCCCGGCCUGCCAACUCGACCCUGUUUCUACGACAUCGACCUUGACCCACACACUGAGGAGAUCACGGGGCUCUUUUGAGCACAUCAAGGUCCUCGCAGAAAAUGUUUGGCCACUAGCUUAAAAUCUUGUAACAGCCAAACUUUUUAAAUGGCGUUUAAAUGUAUUCAUCUCUCUUACCGUCAUCGGUAAGAAUGCUGUAAGUGAGUCAACGGAGCUGUUUGUCCUUGUCAAUCAGCGGAAGGGUUUUGUUUUGAACGUUAUUGAUCUUUUCCAUAAUGCUUCACUUACUCUACAUCAGUCUCCGCUCAAUCCUGGACCAUUUCCAAUCACUUUAAUCAUCCGCAUACACAAAAGAAUAGACAAUAGAGAUGGAACACACAAACUGGUUGUGAAAUGCGUCAUCCUGUUUUUUUUUUCCCUUCCUCCCCUCGGUAGGUUUUAGGAUGCUCACUGCGUGUACUAUCAAGACUCAUCACUGAUGGGAAACGCUCUGCGAUUGUUCCCAGCAGCUCCAUUUCUUCGUUAUGCUGUAUUUGCACACAUGUGUAAUAUGCCAAAGAUAACGCAAACGUCUACUUUCAGGUGUUUUAAUCUCUGUUUUUAUCAUGUUUAACAUGUUACUGACGUGAUGCUGCUUUUUAUACCCAACUCAGGCACACAAGUAUUCCUUAUGUUAACUCUUGGGCUGCCAUUGAUGGACAUCAACACCAUCCAUUAAAUAUCCAAUGGGUUCUUGCUGGAGUCUUAAUCUUAAAGCAAUCUUUGUUUUAUCUAACAAGGGCACGAACUGUAUUAUGUCUCAUUACAUACUCAAUGCAGUCACUGGGUCAUAUUUUUAAUACUAACUAUUAUUUCAUUAAGAUGUAUUCAUUUAUAAAGGAAGUUUUGUUAUCCACAUUAUUUGGUUGUCAAUCUGUGACUGUUUGAAUUGUGAAUAAGGCUUUUUUUAAAAGUAUUAUUCUCAGUGAAUACAGGUGAAUGUUGAUCAUCAUUUAAGAAAUACACUAAUUUACUUCCUAAACUGUGU